UUGUACAAUGUAUCGUCGUUACUUAGAAUUGUUUAAGCAAAAAAGAUCGCAUUAUAUAUCGUGGAAUAGUUUAUUCCUUUGGGGAUUUGGAUUAUGGAUAGCUCUAUGUACAAGCAAUAUAUAUUAUUCAGUUAUUUCAAAACAACAAGAUUUUGAAGUUGUGUAUAAUAUUUCGAUAAAAACGGAGGCUAUAGAAGAAAUGUUACAUAUUACAAGAGCAAAUUAUAUAUACUGUAACAUGAUAAUAAUGUUAAGAACUGUACUCCAAUAUGUUUAUGUUUUUGUAUCUAUAUUUUUCGUAAUACUUCUCGUAUGUUCAUAUAGCGAUUCCCUUAAAAAGGCGAUAAAAAUAUGGAAUAAUGUGAUGUGCAACUUUUACUCAGCUAUCUUUUAUUUCACAACUUUCGUAAGAAGUCGUAACAAAAAUAUUUUUAAUAAAAGCGAUUCAAAUAAAAGUGUCUCCGCUAUAUUAGAAUCUAAAUUGAUACCAAGUUUUAUGAUAAGUACAAAAUAUUUAAAAACAGAAUUGAGUUGUGAUGAUGAAGAAAAUAAAUGGACUGUGGUAAAAAAUAAAAAUAAAAAUAAAAAUAUAUUGGAUACAAAUAUAAAUAUUAUUCAAAGUGAAAUUAUUUUUAGUAGUUAUACAUUGUUGUUUUUCAACAAUUAUGAACUUCAUCAAUACUUCAGUAAUCAGCAUCUAAAAAAUCAUUUAUUAACGAAAUAUUUCGUACGUCAAGAUUCAAAACAUAUAGGGAGUAAUUUAAAAACUUCAAAUAAGUAUAAAAGAAAUAAUAAUACUUUACCAAAACAAGUCAUACAAAGAGGCAUUAUUAGCUCUUCACCGGAAUUUAAAAAGUUCUUAGCAAAUUUAAAAACAUCUCAAUUUUUUUAUCCAUGCAUGUUAGAAGUAUCUACAAAUUAUAUGAUUCGUAUAAAAUCAAUAAAAUAAAACAAUAUUUUUAUUUGUACAAACGUUUUCAUUUUAUGUUUUUAUAAUAUUAAUAUACAAUAAGAAAACAGAAUUCUGUAUGCUAAUAAUCAUAUUUUCCAUUAUCCUAAUAUGUGAUACGUAUUAUAACAAAUAUUUCAUGAAAAUUAUGUUCUUGGAAAGUGUACAAAAACACAUGUUAGUUAAUAAUAACUAAUUACUUUUUUUUAUAAUAUAAAAUAUCUUUCAAAAUUUUAAAAUUAAAGUAAAACCGAAAUAUACCUAAUAUAUCAAUGCUGGACACCCUCCCUAUAAACACUGAUAUCAUUGGGUACUCGAUAGUCAGCGACGAUGCGAAAACGAUUGUUUAGUAACAUCUGUAUAAACAGAAUUGGAUGAAUAGUAUCAGAAGCUUUUUAUUAUUAUUCUUGUAAACUAAUAAAUGUCCGAAGCUAAAAUUUUAUAUUUGAAGUUCAGCCCCUCAAAUUUCGCAUUGGUCGGCCACUAGAGCUCAUAAAUCCAUAUGGCUUAUGUAAGUUAGUAUGAUAUAAGCCAUAAGCUCUAUGCCAGUACCAUUCGGAACUAUAGCCGAAGUAUUAAAUAAGCACAGGUUCGUAAAUAUUUUAUAAAAAGUUAUAAAAAAUAUUCAUCAAAAUAAUAGUGAAUUUUGAUAUAUAAUAAUAUACAAAAAAAUAAGUGUCGUUUCUUUCAUUAUUUUAUUCUAUCUGUUUA